UUAGGAUGUCAAACGAGGUAAGAAUUACUUCCGACUAACUUCAUUUAAAUUUGAUCUUUUGCCAAAUUACAACCAGAAAAAAAGUUUAAAAAAAUUCUCUUAAAAUUUAAAGUAUCCUUUCGGUCAAAAUCAAAUCAAAAGAAAAACUGACCUUCUAAAAUGGACAUUGAUUUUGCAAUGUACGCUCAACUCUCUGGAAUUCCCUAUAUGCCCACUCCCGAGGAAUAUUAUCCCGAGUUACCACGUGGGAUACAGCAUCAAGAGCCAGAGCAGCGUCAUGGCGACUAUCGUCUUCCUCCAAUGGAUGUGGAUAUGUCUUAUAACCAUCAAAAUUAUCAGGCACAUCAGAAUCGUCAGGCCCCACCACUGUCUAUGCAACAUUUAUACAUCGACAAGUACUGCCAGAAGCAACCCCAGCCUAGGGAUAAUAUGUCCGAUGGCUUCCGCUCCAAUCCCUACAAUAAUGUCUGCUAUCAGAGUACUAGUCCUUCGGAGUAUCGCUGCAUGGCACGUGGAAAAAGGCGAGCCAAAGAAAUGAUGUCACGUAAUGGGUUGUACUCCCCCAUGGAUGCUCCUGGCACCCAAAACAGCGGAGGAGAUUCAUGUUACUUUCCCAAUUAUGUUAAUGAUUAUAAUGGAAGAACGCAAAAUCCACGCAGAUAUUCAUAUUGGUGAAGAGCAGCCUUUUCUCGUAUUUAAAACAUUUUUGGUAGUCUUAUUUCUUUUAGUGUGUUCCGAUUUGUUGAAUCUUUUGCGAAAAAAUAUAUUCCACUAAA